UAGUUUCCUAUAGCAACACGACACAACUUUGAAUAUGGCGAUGCCCUGUUGAUCAUCUACAGACUACAUAGUGUGCAUAUAUAGCUUGUAGUUUGAAAGCAAAAAUCAGUUUCAACGGUGACAAUGUCAACGUCAAAAUCGAAGAAGUCUAAUUAUUUAUCACAACCAGGAGGUAGUGGUCAAGGUGCCAGUACUGCCUCUAGGAAAGGGAAUCUUGCUGGUUCUGUAUCAAAGAGCAAGUAUGGUGGAAAUACUGGAGUAUAUGGAAGUACAAGGUCACGGUCAAAUGUCUUGUCAUCAGCAAGUCGUAAAAGUAUUGCUGCUCGUGAAGCUGAGAAAGCUGCAUUGGCAGGAAAGCCUCCUGUCCAGGUGAUUGAUGAAGCUGGAAAUGAUGUGACACCUAUCCCAUUGUUAGGUGUUGAUCACACAACUGUGAAGAAGAACCAAAGCAACAUUUUGGAUAGCUCUGCUGGAACACCCACUGAUCUAAUGUCCCAAGCUUCCAUAUACAACACAGCUAAUGUGACUGCCAGCACUUUUGGCGGAGGCCCAUUUACAAGGUCUGUAUUUAGCCAGUCCCAGGGCACAGGGACAGACUCGAUGAUGGGUGGGGAUGAUGAGAUCACAGAACCUUCCUCAGAACAGACGGCCUGGGCGGACAUUCGACACAAGCGAGAGGAAGUGAAGGAAACAUUGACAGAUGCUGACCUCGAGAAAGAGGUUGACCUCACUUUAACGGAGACAGAAACAAUAUGGCUGCUGGACCUUCCCACCAUCUGUGUGUCUACAGAAUCAGAUGAGGCAGCAAGUAUCAAAAAGAGAAAUGAAACAUACCAAGAAUUGAUCAAGAGUAGAGUUGGCAAUGACAGAUACAUGGAGAGAGGAAUGAACACAUUCAACGAACCACCAAAGUUUAAAACCAUCCAGACCAACAAAAUUUCAUAUAAUGAUGUUGGGGUUACUGCCACUACAUGGGAUAUGUAUGAUACGUAUGAGGAGCAGGAUAAAGAAAGCAAAGGUGUACAAGAAAAAGAGAAGAAGGACGAUGAAGGUGAAGAGGAGGGUACGAUCAGUCGACCUACAAGUCCCAAAGAGGGAGAGGGCAAAGAGGAGACUGGCUCACAGACGAAUUCCCAGGACAAACCUGCACUUACACGUGAAGGUUCAGCCAGGGCACGGUCAAUUAUACAAUCAAGGGCAGAGAGUCGUGCCACCAUGUCCUCAGUGGCAGGGUCAGAGAGUAUUUUUGCCAGCAGAGAAACUGGAGUGUCAUCCAUGCCAACAGACCUUACAGCACUUGAGGAAGAUAAGAUCCUGAAGUCUGAUAAUUUCAAAAGAGAUCUGUUUAUCAUGGAGAGGGUUAUCAACCUUAACACGUACCAGCCAAAGCAAGCUUGUUACAGAGGAUUCGAUAUUGUACCAGACAUUGACAAUGCCAGUGCUGCCGCUAACCCCACCCAGCAGAUAAGUGUGGCUGAUAUGGGACCGAAUGUGGACAGACUCUGGGCCUACUCCUGUCCGAUGACUAAGGGACGCAAUGUCAGCUGUAUGACUUGGAACAAACUCAAUCCCGAUCUAAUUGCUAUUGGCUAUGGACAAUUUGAGUUUUCCAAUCAGAAAUCAGGCCUUAUCUGCUGCUGGUCACUCAAGAACCCAGAGUUUCCAGAACGUGUUUAUGCAUGCAAAGAAGGAGUGACUGCUAUUGACUUCUCAAGGUCUAACCCCAAUUUAUUAGCGGUUGGUUUAUAUGAUGGAGGAGUUGCCAUAUACAAUGUAAAGAACACACAAGAUGAGCCCAUUGUCGACAGUUUUCACAACGCUGGAAAGCACACAGCACCAGUAUGGCACAUUCGGUGGAUAGAGAAGGAGCGGGGGUCAGGUGAAGAUCGUACAGAGGUACUCGUUUCUAUCUCCACAGACGGGAGAGUGACACAGUGGUCUAUCAGAAAAGGAUUUGAAAGCUAUGACUUAAUGAGGCUGAAAAGAAUGCCGACCAGGAUGGGAGGUAAAAAGGAGAAGAAGGGUGAAGCGUUUAUUUCGAGACAUGCUGGGGGUCUGUGUUUCGACUUCCACAGCAGGGAUUCUAACAUAUACAUAGCUGGGACAGAAGAUGGCCAUAUUCACAAGUGUUCAUGUUCCUACAACGAGCAAUAUCUGGAUAGCUACACAGGCCACAAUGGUCCAGUAUACAAAAUGGAGUGGUCUCCCUUCGUCAAUGAUAUUUUCCUCAGUUGCAGUGCGGAUUGGAGUAUUCGGUUAUGGCAUCAAGAGAGAAAUAAACCCAUCCUUAGCUUCUUCUCCCUUAAUAAAUCUGUGUAUGAUGUGACAUGGUCACCACGCUCCUCGACAGUAUUUGCCUGUGUCAAUGAAGGUCGUGUUGAGGUGUGGGACCUCAGCCUUAGCACACUUGAUCCACAGAUCGUCAGUAACCCCACAUCUGGAGCCAAACAGACUGCAGUGACAUUUGCCAAAAAUUCUGAGUGUAUCCUGGUGGGUGACAGUGAAGGACAGGUUACAGUGUAUGAGUUGAGAUGUAUGCCAGAACCUCCAGAUAACCAGGCUGAAGCACUCAACAACCUCAUCAAGGCAUCGCUUGCCAGUCAGCUUCAGUCAGAAACAGCUGAGGAGAAGGAGGAGGAGGAUGGAGCAGAGGAAAAUGAGUGAUCACUGAUAUCUGGGUGAUCAAUUGAUGGUUAUAGAAACAAGACAAGAUCUGACAGCCUACAAUUAGUGAUUCAUUAUUUAUCAACGGAAAGAAACAUUUAAAGCCAUAAAGGAAAUUCCUGUAGCUGUAUUGUUACUACCUUUUUUUUGUCGGAUAACCACCAUUAUGUUGUAACACUAAUUAAUAUGUUUUGAGAUGAAAAUGUUUUGUCACUGUCUCUGAAAUUUCUAGGUGAAAAAGACAAUGGUGGGAACAAGUUAUAAAUAUAACAUGAUUGAUAAAGGUUGUGGAGGUAAACCUGUGGUAUUUGUACAGCACAUACUGCUGUAUUUCUGACUGUGAUAUCUUAGGGAUUGAAUUUCCAGAAAAGUAUAUUUCAAGGACACAUUGUGUCCUUAACUACAUUUCACUAAUCACAUUGAAACAUAGUGUUUCAUUCCUAAUUAAAUCAUAGCAUACCUGGAUUUGAAGGUAGGAGUAAUAAAGAAGUAAUUAUGUUGCAUAACGUCCAUUUCGUUAUUUGUCCUCAGUGCUGUGUAGUUCUGUAGGGAGAUUAUAAUGACAGAUUUAUUGUUAUACAUUGUUCUGUUAAUGUUCCUACUCCAUGUGUUUUGACAUAUUUCCAUGUAUUUAUAAAAUAUGUUUGUAUGCAAUUUAUUAUUUAUAUGAAAAUGAAAAAAACUUAAAUGAAUGAAAAUAUUGCAAGUUUA